AUGGACUAUAAGGUUUGUUCAGUGAGAUUUGAUCUCCACGGAAUACACAAGGAAGACGACGACGAUGGCUCUGUUGUUGACGUUGUUCCAUCUAUUAAACCGGUUGAUAAGCUGAUCAAUCAUAUCGAGAUAUCUAAAGUGUUACACUGUGACGGUUUGUUGUUAUGUGUGUACAAAGACAAGACGAAGCUAGUGGUUUGGAACCCGUAUUUGGGUCAAACCAGGGUGAUCGAGCCCAAAGACGCUUUCCACAGAUUGGAUAGGUAUGCUCUCGGAUACGACAAAUACAAGAAAUCCUACAAAAUAUUGAGGUUCGUGGAUAAUAACUUGCGCGGAAACCCCGUUUUUGCUUACCAAGUCUACGAUCUAAACUCCAACUCGUGGAGUGUUCUUGACGUCAAUCCCGACUGGGAUGUAGAGUUUUAUAGAUCCGGCGUGUCGUUGAAGGGAAACACUUACUUUUUCGCUAAACAGAAAAUAGGAGUUGAUGGAGAGGCAGAGGUGGAUGAUUUCUUACUCUGCUUUGACUAUACAGAUGAGAGAUUUGGACCACGUCUCCAUGUUCCAUUUCACUCUUAUCUGACUGAGGACACCGUGACUCUAUCUUCUCUUGGGGAAGAGAAGCUUGCAGUGUUAUAUCAGAGCUUGGAUACUUGUGAGAUGCAGAUAUGGGUUACGACUAAGAUUGAGCCCAAGGCGGUGUCUUGGAACAAGUUGUUCUUAGCUGUUGAUAUGAGCUCACCCACUGGUUUUCAGUUGCAGGUUGCUGGGAGCUUCUUCAUUGACGAGGAGAAGAAUCUCGCGGUGGUUUUUGAUUUAGACAAAUUUCUUCGCUUUAAAAUAGCUUACCUAAUUGGAGAGGGUGGUUAUUUUAGACAAGUGGGUCUCGGUGAAGCUGUUAAUAUGGAAGAAUAUCCCUACGGUUGCCCACUCGUGUGCUCUUAUGUGCCAAGUUUAGUGUGCAUCAACCAAAGCCUCCUACUGUCGGGCAAAAGGAAAGAACGAUAA